CGCCAUUUGUGUAGUACGAGUUUUGAUAAUUUAUGAAAAAGAAUUUGAUCCCAAAAAUAGUUAAGAAUGAUAAAAUGCACCAUCUGUGAGAACACAUACUGAAUAACACGUCAUAAUGUUUAUCAAGCAGGUGAUCAUCCAGGGAUUCAGAAGUUACAGAGAUCAGACUGUGGUGGAUCCAUUUAGUCCUAAACACAAUGUCAUUGUUGGAAGAAAUGGAUCUGGGAAAAGUAACUUCUUUUAUGCCAUCCAGUUUGUAUUGUCCGAUGAGUUCAGUCACAUGCGACCUGAACAGAGACAAGCUCUGCUUCACGAGGGAACUGGACCAAGGGUGAUUACGGCCUUUGUGGAAAUAAUCUUUGAUAACUCGGACAACAGAAUUCCGAUCGAAAAAGACGAGGUUGUCCUUCGAAGAGUUAUUGGUUCCAAAAAAGAUCAGUAUUUUCUUGACAAGAAAAUGGUGACGAAAACGGAUGUGAUGAAUCUUUUGGAAAGUGCUGGAUUUUCUAGAAGUAAUCCUUACUACAUUGUUAAACAAGGAAAAAUCAAUCAAAUGGCUACUGCUCCAGACUCGCAGCGUCUAAAACUUCUAAGAGAAGUGGCUGGAACUAAAGUGUAUGACGAGCGGAAAGAAGAGAGUCGAGUUAUUCUGGUGGAAACAGAGGGAAAACGAGAGAAAAUCAAUGAUCUGUUGAAGUACAUUGAAGAACGUCUCGACACUUUGGAGAGUGAGAAAGAGGAACUUAAAGAAUAUCAGAAAUGGGACAAAAUGAGAAGAUCUCUAGAAUACACGAUCCAUGACCAUGAGUUGCGAGACACCAGGAAGAAACUGGAUGAUCUAACCAACAAACGAGAGAACAGUGGAGCUCAAGCACAGAAGCUGCGAGACUGCCAGCAAGAAGCAAAUGACAAAGUUAAGAGCACAAACAAAGAUUUAAAGGAGUUAAAAACUCGGUUACAUGCGAUACUGGAAGAAAAAGACCAGCUGGGUGCUGAAAGCCAGGAGCUGACGAAGAAGAAAGCUAAACUGGAACUGAACAUAAAGGACAUACAGGACGAAAUGGAAGGAAACAAUACUGCUAAGAAAAAGGCUGAAAUUGAACUGCAGAAGGUGAAUGACAAAGUGAUGAAAACCCAGGAGCAGUUGGAGUCUAUAAUACCUCUGUACGAGGGGCAGCGGGACAAGGAGGAAAAUGCAUCACAGCAGCUUGCUUUAGCCGAACAGAGGAGAAAGGAGCUCUAUGCUAAACAAGGUCGGGGGAAUCAGUUUACCUCUCGAGAUGAUCGAGAUAAUUGGAUUAAGAAGGAACUGAAGUCGUUAAACAAAGCCAUUAAAGACAAAGAAGAGCAGAUAAAGCGACUGAAGGAAGACUCGGGUCAUGACGAACAGAAGGAAGGCCAGCUGACAGAAAAAAUAGAGGAAACCACAGCAAAAAUUGACAUGAACAAAGAUAUUAUUGAGCAAAACAACAAGACAUUUCAAGAAAUGAAAAAACAGAAAGACGCCCUUCAGAAUGAAAGAAGUGCGUUGUGGAGACAAGAAAACACCCUGCAGCAGACUCUGGCCUCCACACGAGAAGAGCUGGCCAAGAAAGAACAGGGACUUCGGUCACUCACGGGAAAGGCGUUGCUGAAUGGCAUUGACAGUGUACAGAAAGUUCUACAGUCAUUCAGGGAUCAGGGCAAAUACAUGGAUGUAGUUAAUGGUUACCAUGGUAUCCUUAUUGAAAACAUGGAAGUGGAGAAAACAUUUUUUACCUGCGUGGAAGUCACAGCUGGAAGCAGAUUGUUUCAUCACGUCGUUGACACCGACAAGACAGGAACAAAAAUUCUUCAGGAAAUGAAUAAAAUGCGACUGCCAGGGGAGGUAACCUUCAUGCCACUUAACCGACUGGAUACUCGGGAGACUCGCUAUCCAGAUUCAAGUGAUGCCAUUCCCAUGAUAAGCAAGAUCACGUUUGAGAAUUCGUUCGACCCUGCUAUAAAGCACGUGUUCGGAAAGACUUUGAUCUGUCGUAGCAUGGAAGUUGCAACUCAGUAUGCCAAGACGCAGAACCUCGAUUGUAUCACACUGGAUGGUGACCAGGUGAGUCGCCGUGGUGCCCUGACUGGCGGAUACUACGACACACGGCGGUCCCGUCUUGACAUGCAGAAGAGUAAACUGGAGCUGAUUGCCCAGCUGAAGCAGCAGGAAGCUGAGUACGCGGAGCACCGACAGAAACUGGAGGUCAUUGAAAGCCAAAUUAAUAACCUCGUGUCCGAGAUGCAGAAGAUGGAGACGAAGAACAGCAAAAAUAAAGACAUCUUUGACAAAAUGCAAGCUGAUGUUAGAUUAGCUAAGGAAGAACUAAAAGGCUUGCAAAAGAACAGACCUUCAAAGGGUAAGAGUGUGACCAGUCUACAGAGCAGUCUGGAGGCGAUGCAGGCCACGGCUCACUCGCUGAAGGAGGAGCUGGGUUCUGAUCUGUUGUCUCAGUUGUGUAUCGAGGACCAGCGGGAGGUGGAUCACCUCAAUGACACGAUCAAACAGCUCACCCUUCAGAACAGGGAGGCCUGGCAGGAGAGAAUCAGGCUGGAAGGAGAGAAAAAUAAACUUGAAAAUUUAUUGAACAAUAACUUGAUGAAGAAGCGAGACCGAAUUCAACAAGAUCUACAGGAGGUGUCCAUCGAAGAGAGAAACCAGAGACUGGAGAACUUGACAACUGAUCUUCAGACGGUCAACCAGCGAGUCCACGAGCUGAAGAUUCAAACAAAAGAACUUGAUGAACAAUUGGAUCGCUUGAAUAAAGAUCAGAAAGAAUUGCAAAAUCAGCUUGAAUACUGGAAGGGUCAAGAGAAAGAAAUUCAGGAUAAAAUAGGAGAUGAUGCGAAAGAACUGGAAAAAAUGUCAAAUAAGCAAAGUCUUUUACUCAAAAAGAAAGAAGAAUGUAUGCGUAAGAUACGUGAACUUGGAUCACUACCAAGUGAUGCUUUUGAGAAAUACCAGGACAUGGGCAGCAAGCAGUUAUUUAAGAAGUUAGAGCAGUGUAAUCAGGAAUUAAAGAAAUAUAGUCAUGUUAAUAAGAAGGCACUUGACCAGUUUGUCAACUUCACAGACCAGAAGGAGAAACUGAUCAAACGAAAAGAGGAAAUUGACAGAGCAUACGAUUCAAUUAUAGAUUUAAUGAAUGCACUGGAUCAUAGAAAAUAUGAAGCAAUACAGCUGACAUUUAAACAGGUGUCAAAGUAUUUUACUGAAAUAUUUAAGAAGUUGGUCCCUGCUGGACAUGGGGUGCUUGUCAUGAAGAAAGGAGAAAGUGAACAGGAGGGUGUCGACUCACAGACCCCGGCACAAGAGAUUCCCCUGGUAGAGCAGUUCACUGGUGUUGGAAUAAAGGUUUCCUUCAGUGGAAAUCGUGCCGAGAUGCGUGACAUGCAGCAGUUGUCUGGUGGACAGAAGUCACUGGUGGCCUUGACCUUGAUAUUUGCCAUUCAGAAAUGUGACCCCGCUCCUUUCUACCUGUUUGAUGAGAUUGACCAGGCUUUAGAUUCGUCUCACAGAAAAGCAGUUGCAGACAUGAUUCACGAAUUGUGUCAGGACGCACAGUUCAUCACGACAACCUUCCGUCCUGAGCUGCUGCAGCAUGCCGACAAGUUUUAUGGUGUUAAGUUUAGAAAUAAGGUCAGUCAUAUAGAAUGUGUGAGUCGCGAGGAAGCUGAAGAUUUCGUUGAGGAUGACACGACUCAUGGCUGAAAUUACUGUAUCAGUGCACAGGACAGUGGACAUUACAAUAUACAUAAAUGGUUGACAGUACUAUUUAAAUAUACAGAGAAUGGUUGGCAUCAUUAUAUAAAUAUAUGGCGAAUGGUUGACGUUACUACUGCAGAAACAUUUGCAAUGGACUUAUUUACAUCACAGCAUAAAUGCUUUUGCAGUAGAUAUUGGAUAAUAUAUUGCAAAACACUUUUGCAAUGAGUAUCUGUUAAGUUGCAGCAUAAAGUCGUUAUCAAAUACUUGAUUUUGUGGUAGAACCAUGUGUGCGUGACAACCAACAUGUCAUUUUCAUGCAUGCACACACAACACCAGGGCUCGAAACGGUCUGUGGCCAGGUCGCCAAAUGCGACCAGUGUCCUGUUUGGGCGACUUGAAUAUUAAAAAAUAAUGGCAUUUAGUCGCCCAAAUAAUACUAUUAUUUGAGUGAUCUACUUUAGAUCUAUAGCAUAUGAGCCACUAUUAAUAUUUGUAUUGCAUCUAUUUAUUCCACAUUAAAAUCUUGUUUGUGGUUCGCUUAUCGUAAUUUGCCAACAUCCAUUAUUUUUUUUUGCCACCGUAUGUUUUGGCAAGUUUCGAGCCCUAAACACACACACACACACAAUAUACAAAUGGUUUAAAAUGUGGAAUUUUAUUAUAGUGAACUUGUUUGUUAUAUCUUCUUGGUGUUUAACAUUGUGUAUCUUAAUACACAGUAAGACUUGCCUAACAGAAACUUUAAAACAAGCAGUGGUAUGCACGUCAUGUAUGAAGACACUUUAUAGAAAGGUGGGUGUUGAAUAAAAUAUUCUAUAUAGCAGCCCCAGCUUCAGCCAGCUGACGUUUGCAAACUAUUUGAUUGGUUGCCAUCAUAGCCAUUUGGUUUACUGUGAAGUGCAUAAACCAGUCUAGUGGAUGUUUUUCUGAUGUCAUAUCCAUUUGGUUUACUGUGAAGUGCAUAAACCAGUUUAGUGGAAGUUUUUCUGAUGUCAUAUCCAUUUGGUUUACUGUGAAGUGCAUAAACCAGUCUAGUGGACGUUUUUCUGAUGUCAUAUCCAUUUGGUUUACUGUGAAGUGCAUAAACCAGUCUAGCAGAUGUUUUUCUGAUGUCAUAUCCAUUUGGUUUACUGUGAGGUGCAUAAACCAGUCUAGUGGAUGUUUUUUCUGAUCAGUCUGGCUGAACUCGGCCCUGGUUCCACUGUGUGUGAUAAAAUGUUGGAUGACCAGGGGAAAAAAAGGACAAAAAUCAAUUUAUUCUGUAACUGUCAGAAGGUGAACAUUCAUGUCAUUAUUUGCAUGUACAUUUAGAAGAAUCAUGACACUUACAGCUGAUGACAGUGAUAUGUUUACUACAACUACAGCCAAGUAUUUCUCUCUCAACAAUACGUGCCCAGAGUGUUUCGAACAUUACUUGCCACUUUUCAAGUUAACUUUUCAAAUAUUAUGGCCAACAUCAAUGUUACGGUUUACGUAACAUAAACUUAUCCUACCUUUUGCCUGUCCUUUAAUAUUAUUACUAAAACUAUAUGAAAUAAUAAUUAGAUACAAUAUUAAUUAAUAUUAUAGCAGUUAUAAAGGAGUGUAACAUUGGAGAACCUUUUGUUUAGCAACCCCAUUUGAUAACAACCUCAUUUGAAUGCAAUAUACUUAGGGGUAUUUGUCAUAAUGAAUGCAAACCAGUUGUUAGUGAAUUAUGUAUUAUUCUUCUGUGGGGUAACCUGCAUAACCCUGUUAAUAUGUUAACAUAUGCUAUAAAUAGAGACUAUUAUACAAGCUUGUGUCGUACUGAUUUACAAAACGAGUAUCACGAUUAUUGUAUUACCCGAGCGAGUGUAAUAAUUCUUUAUUAUUCACAUUAUUCAAAAUAUUAUUUUCACGAAUAACAAGCUUAGGACCAUGUCAAAAUGUUUCAAACGAAACUAAAAAGAGACGGAAAAAUUACGUUAUUUUGAUUAGCGUUUACACUAGGGAAGCUGCAUUAAGUUAUGACAUCGGUUCACAAAAUAAUGUCAUUAGUUGUGCUCGUGAAAUCAUUAUGACACACGUGGGUCAUACUGGUUACAUUUUCCUGAAUAUAUGUGGAUAAUAAAAUGUUUCUGAUGGAUAACACCAAUAUGUUACUUGGUGCUGACAGAGCUAACAGAUUAAAUGUUGUUUAACUAUUGUGGGUGUAUUUAUAUUGAUGUAAUACUAAUACUAUAGCGGGAUUAAAAUUUUACCACAGCACUGAUGGCAAGUGCCAUUAUUACCUUUCUUACUUUGCCAAAAAUUGGACAUUGCCGAUGGCAAGAAAAAUGCUGUGGUGCCCUAGCAUGAAAUCAUUUUUGUUCGAGAACACUUGAAAGGAAAGUUGCUUUCAUUCCCCUAUUUUUGCAGGUAAUAUGUUUGCCUUGGUGCCCUAAUAUUUGUAAUUAAAUGGAUGGCUACAGUUGCUGUGUCCCCCAAAAGUUAAAAUGCAAACCCUGGUUGUAGUACAUUUUAAUAGAAAACUGAUGUGGACAAAUUCAGAUCAUGCCAUUUUAUAAGGGGAAUUUGGUAGUGAAUGAAAAAAUCAGUAUCUUGAACACAUAAUCUGCAAAAAAAAUUAAUGUUUUUGAAUUUUUCCAACUCUUAUCUUUUAUUGAUGUUUGAACUAAAGUAACAAAAAAGGUAUGCUUUUUUUUAAUGUUUCUUUUUUGUUUCACUACCUAAAAUAGUGUUACUUAAAUAUUGCGGUCUUAUAUAAUGUGUAAUAAGGUGAUAUAAGUGAAUUAAAAUCAUUCAUUUUUAACAAAUUUGCGUCCUGUGUCUGAGAAAAGAUUAUGGUACAUACACACGGGAAAGUAAUAUUAAAAUAAUUUUCAUGAAAGAGGUAACAUUUUUGCUCACACAUGCAAAUAAGUAUUUACAUCAAGUAUUUGCUUUAUGUAUUAAAUUUUCUUCAACUUGGUGCUACAUCAUUACAAUGGCAAAACCUGUUUCACAAUUCUACCAUGAAAUGAAUAUUUUAUUGUGCAUUUUAACACUUUAAUCAUUCUAAUUUUAGAUUAAUUCUUGUUAAAAAUAAAGCGUGUAGAAUAGAAGUUUUGACAAUGGAAUUUAAUGUUUGUGUUCUUUUGUUAAAUCCCAUUGAGGAAAACGUCUUGAACAAAGUCAUGAUCAGAAAUGGUGAUAAAUGUGAUUGGGGCUGUCAUUUUCUAGACAAACAUUCACUCGUAAAUCAAAUUGUGUAUUUUAAUGCAAUCAUUGUUAGGCGACACAAAAUGUCCGAAUACUGUAGGACAAAUCAUGAAUAAUUAAUACACAAAAAUAAGGUUUUACAGUAUUCUGAGUGCUGUAUCACAGGCUGCCAGAUUUCACGAUAACAAUCUUAUUUGUGGUAGUAUGUUGACAAAAUCACGAAACUGAAAGUCCAUUAUCAUAUAACAAUUACCAUGAAAAAUGGUUUCCAAUUUCGUUAAAUGAUCAUAGGGCAUGAAUUGAAAAAGUAUUCACUAUAAAAUUUUAAAUUCUGAGUGUGUGUGUUUCAUGAAGAAAUCUGAUGACAUUCUGUCUCAGUUUCUAGUGCUUUAAUCAUCAGAAAAAAACCAACGUUUUGCAUAAGUUUUAAUAGCUGUACAUCUUAUCCACAAAACAUCAUCUUGCAUACAAGUAAACAUCAAUGUUGUAUUAGUGUUGUACAUUUCUUCAAGUACAUCUAUUGUACUUUUAUUGUAAAUUUUAAAUUAAUUCCAUGUUUAAAUUUAGCUGUUCAUAUGUUGUUAUAAAACAUUUUAACACCAUGAAUUUUAUCCAGAUACUAUGUAUUUUUCUUCAUGCUGGGGUGUCGUUAAACAUUCAUUCAUCCAUUCUAUCCAGAUACUGGUAUCAUUUGUUUCUAUUGUUUUCAUGUACUUAUCUUAGUUUGCCAUCCAAUAGUUGAUGUGUUUUUCAUUAAACAUUCAUACAUUCAUUCUGUCUAGAUAAAGUCUUUUAGUCCAUUGAUGUUACGGCAUACAUUGUAAAUAUAAUAAAGAUUUUUGUUACUUAGAGAAUAACUAACGAGCUACGAGGAAUUACGGAUUAUAUGUCCCGAGUGAAUUAAUGUUGUAAUGUUACAGCAUUAAUUCACGAGG